CAAUAGUCAACGAAGAAAUUUUUGCAGACCGGUCUUGCAGAAAUAUUUUUUUUCCACAUACGGCUGCAAAUUAUUUUUUUGACACCAAAAUGUUUCAAAAAUCGAAGCCAGUGCACAUGAAGGGGAGUGCUUCCCUGCUCUACAACAACCUGACGGUCUUAUCGAGUCCGGAGAAGAAUAUGACGGCCUACGCGGUGGUUCACAAAUCGGUAGUUUGUAUGGCGAGUUGUGCCAGCGACACGUCGAAUGUGAGCCACAAGCAAGUCGCAUGUAAAGACCCGUCACCAAAUCCGCAAAGCACGGUCAUUCUACAGGCCAAGUUUUGUCAGCUACCAAACCGGACAUUGCUUGUUCUUUGCUACCAAAGAGGAAUUCAGAUGUUUGAGCCAGAUGGUUCAGCCCUGGUGUUCUGGCAUGCAAUAAGUCACAUUGACCCAAGCUCAGGCAUGGCAUUUGCAAGAGGAAUUGCGGCAUUGCAUGAAAACUACAUCGCUGUCGGUAUAUCCUCGGGCCAAAUUCUUAUCUUCAAUAUCCCCUCGAGAGGGACAAACGUGAUGUUUUCGGAGAGCCUUAGCGGUCAUUCUUAUCCCAUCAGUGCCAUUGCCGGUGACGGGUCAAUCAUGGCUUCAGCCGAUGACUCUGGAUGCAUUAUGGUCUGGCAGGCCGGACAAAAAAUCAAUCGGGUUUGUCGGAUCAACGGUGGAGGAGUAUCAUGUUCGUCAGUCUGUUUAUUUGAUGGCUUGGUGAUUGGUGGUUAUGGUAGCGGACACAUCAGAGUCUUUGAUGCCAUGAAAGGAGUGUUAGUCUCUGAGAUAUGCGCUCACGCUAAGUGGAUUCACUCUAUUGACAUAGCACCUACUGCUGGACUGCUGUUGUCGACAUCAGAAGAUACAUUUGUUAGGGUGUGGUCAAUUGCAAAAGAUGGCGACGUCACACAGAUUCAGUUGAUGUUUGCUGAGACUGUUUCUGAUACUCAGCUGACGGGAGCUCAGUUUACAAACAAGAGCGGACGAAAUUUCAUUCUCUCGGGCUACGACCUGAAUGAAGUUGUGUGUUAUAACCAAAAGUAGUAAUAGGGACCAUGGAAAGAUGUUCGGGGGACCAUGUAAGCUAUUGACCAGUUCUUUCAGGUUGUGGGAAAGUUUUUUUUUUCAUGUGUUAUUCAAUUCAAACUCAAACAGGAUUGUCAAGUGCUAUGUUUUUUCUGUGCUAAUGUAGUCCACCGCAGUGUAGUGACUUUAAAGGCAGUAGACACAUUUGGUAAUUGUCAAAGACCUGCAGCUGAUUUCACAAACUCUAGGAUUAAUCCUAUCUCAAGUUAGGACGGGUAACCCGUCCUGAUUUAGGAUGGGUUCAAUGUGUCCUAUACAGAACUUCACUCAAUCUUAGUCUUAAGAUUAAUCCUAAGUUAGGAAGAGUUUGGUGAAAUUGAGGGCAGUAUUCUCACUUGGUGUAACUCAAC